UGUGUGUGUGUGUGUUUGCGUGUGUGUGUGUGUCUGUCGACGGUUAGUAGUUGCGGUUGCUGCUGGUGCUAGGAUCUCCGCCGUCACCGGAGCUGUGGCGGUGCAGCACGGACACGUCCCAAGCGGCACGCGCUCUUUUCAUCGCACGAGGGUUGCAGGAGCGCAGCACGCCGCGUGCACAGCGUGUGUCAGUGGACGGCACAGACGUGCGGCGAUGCCAGUCCGGCUCUGUCUCUGCCUGUGGAGCAUCCUGUGCCAGGAGAAAGCCCGUCUACACGUUCCAUCGACCAACGAAAUUUUCUCCGCAAAUUCUUCAUAAGCGGAUGCUGAACCCCACGCAGCAGCCUGGUGCAGGCGGAAGAGAGAGAAAACACCAGAAAUCGUUUUCACCGGAAAUUUGAGUUCUGUUGGAAGACCUCUGUUCCUCCGGCCCUCAGAUGUGAAGGUAGAAAGUCUCUUCCCUACUCUUCCUUCAUCAAAUACUCGCUUCUGUCCGCCCGCUGACACGCAGGACGAUCAAUGCCUGCGUCCUUCUGAUGGCGACGAUUGCACUUCCUUUGUUCUGUGAUUAGUCGAUUUCUGUUUUACUGUGCAUACAAGCCUUCCUCCCUUCCUGUACCCCUCCUGUAUUCCCCUCCUGUCAUCCUCCGAGACGACCCUGGCCAGGCUACAACUAGAGUCCCUUCAAACAUCCCCCACACCCCGACUCUCCUCCAGCACCAAGCAACCGUUACCGCGCGGCGCCAGGAGUGACACUCUUGCGUGACGUAUUGUAACGUCCACAUCAAAGGUUAAGGUUCAUCAAUAAUUUAUGCCAGUGCGCAUCUGAUAGUGUGGACUUGCUUUGUAUGAAUAAUAUUGGUCAGGAGGCUACAAGUGGAGGGCCAUUGACAGACUUUGUUUGUCAGUCUAUCAUCAAUCGUGUGUUGCUGAAUUUCGAUACUUUCAGAGUUAUAAUCUGACUUCCACAGUGCGUUUGUCGGGAAAAAGAUAUUUUAAAAAUUCAAGAACAGGAAAUCAGUACUAUGUUUAAUAUUCAACAAUAUCCGGAAGUGUGGGGGUUUAAACAUGAAAAAAACUCUUUCAGUUUAGAGAAUGACUAUUUUAUCGAGUAUUGUGAGAUCGGUAGGUAGGUUUUCCUUUCAGUAACUGUCAUCUCUAGUCUGUACGGAGAUUGAAUUCUCUUGUGGUGAGACAUCAGUAACAGUUCAGUUCUUUACUACAGCCUAGGCAGCAAAAAAAAAAAUAUUUUUUCUGAGCAGUCAGUCUGUUACAUCAACACACAUGAGUAAACCUCUGCGUCUUUAUCGGCAAUCAGAUUAAAACUUUCAUCUCGAUCAUAUGGAAACAUCACUUCAAGUACAAUCCAUAUUUCCUUGAAGGCGGGUACAUGCGGAACUUGUAGCCUCUUCUUGGACACAGCAUUCACUGCCAGCCACAAUACCGAGACCCAGACAAGAGACGGACUAUUUUUUUCCCCUCAAACACCGUGAGAUUGCACAUAUUCAGAAUCAACAGAAGAAAGGUUUAUCCCUGGCCAAGCGAACAGUCCCGGGGUAGGAGGGUAGGGAGAGUGGUUGCGGGGUGUAGAAGGGGUGGGUAGGUCGAUGAAAUCGUGCUGGCGGAUCUGGCAUUGAUCUGUAGGCGGGGAGGAGGGCCCGGUGUACACUAACCAUCAGUCGCUCCAUGCCUGCCGGCCUCGCCACACGAUGGCCAAGCUGUGUCGCUUCGUCAAGCUCCAGGACCGCUUCAACGCACAGGUCUUCUCCUUCGCCGUCCCCAGCAGGAUCCUGACCGAGCUCAUGCCAGAGGUUUAUUCCAAGGACUUUGUGUACGGCCAUCAGAGGUGGAACGUCAGCAUCACGCGCACUGAGCGCCAUAUUGGAGCCUUCCUCAAGCUGCAGACGCCGUCGCAGGGUCUUCGCUGUAGACUGGACUUCUCCUUUACUGUCAUCAACAGAGAACACUUCACCAAAAAUAUUUCCUUCAUCGAGAAAAGCUACGAGUUUACGUCCGAAUGUCAGAAGCAUGGCCGCAAGACCUUCGCCGAGACGGAGGACCUGCUGGCCAGGAACUUCGUGCAAGAGAGCGGGGACCUCCUCCUGGAGCUGGAGAUGCGCAACAUCCACAACAUCUUCGAAUGCUUCCUGCGCGUGCCCAAGGAAGGCCACGGCGGCAACAACCGCCACGGCUACGUGGACCGCCUGGAGUCCACCUACUUCCUGUUCGGACUCUCGGACUGGAGCGUCUCGCUCUUCCCAGACUCCAGCUCCACGGAGGCGGACGGCAGUGUGGCGGUGCAGCUGCAGAGACAUUCCAGCUUCGAUCACAUGUGCACCGUUCGUUACCGCGUUAUUCUGGGGGACGAGGGGACCUUCGACUCCGGUGACAUGGAACAGAUGCUGGACGCCUCAGGGGUCGGGGAGCCCUUCACGGUGGGCGCCUCCGUGACAAGGCUUGCGCGAGGGCGCUCCACUCUGCGCAUCAAGGUGGAAAUGACGUCAGUGGUGUACGUCUCGGAGGUGGCCGUCAACGUGCUGAGCCGAUCCAAGAACCGCGCCCACCUGUACGACCGCGACAAGCAGGCUUGGAUGGUGGAGGCCGACCCUAGUGGCCGCUACCUGGCCUUCAAGCUGUACUACACGGACAUUUCGCACGUGCCCAGGAGGUUCACGCGCUACGUGGCCUGGCACGUGCGUCUGCUCUCGCGCAGUGGCAACGCGAGGGUGGUGCGACUGCCGCAAGGGCCGUACAGCAAGUACUACGUGCAGCAGGACGUGGACGACGGCUUCAUCAUGAGCACGGACGUCCCCGUGGAGGAGGUGUCGGACCCAGACAGCAUGUGGGUGGACCCAGACGACCAUAAAGUAACUUUGUACGUUGAGUGGCUCGAGUCUCACCUGCUUGUCACGCCCAACUACAACAGCCAAGAUGACGUCACAAGACUGCAUAAGCAUCAAAUGACACGAGAAAUCAUGGCGCUGCAGGCGGAGAACUACGCCCUGGAGAAGCAGCUGUACAGCUACCAACAGUCCAUCGCCAAGAAAGACUCACGAGGUCGCAGCGAAAGCUUCGAGCUUGUUCAGAAGUAGUCGGAUCAUCCGCCACCGGAAAUGGCAACACGUCCGACUGUGAGCAAGCAACAGAUCACGUGACACUGCCGGACGCGCGUGAUUGGACGAAGAGUUGGUCCACAGCUCGGCACACGAGACGAUCGAAAAUCCAUUUCCUUGAUAAGGCCUAGUGACAAACACGUGAUACACAUUGCAGACCGAGAUGGAUAUUUCUUUUGACAUCUCUCUUUCUCUCCACACGUGUGGCGGACUGGUUCUGGACUAGUUUCUGGACUUAUGUCAGAAUAGUUUAUCGUCUCCUGUGUGCUGUACGCGAGCUGCUGUCACGACACUCAGAUGCAGCAAAGAUCGAAGGUGUUCUUUUCACCAUCAGUUUCGCCAUUCGCAAGCAGAAUUGUAAAAGAAAACAAAAACCAACCAAACAAACAAACUGGCAACACCAAUUUUAUAUACAUCCAGUUGCGCUGUUGCGAGACUUUGUAAAGAAAGAUUAUAGCUUGCGAUGAUUGGCUGUUUAAUGUUCUUGAGCAUUCCACACUCUCCCUCCCCCCCCCCCCCCAAAAAAAAAAAAUCUUUGAAGUAGAAAAGAGUAUACAUGUGUUUGUGGUGAUUUUCGGAUAGUUGUUGGGUUUUUAGACAGUGUUACCAACGUAUUCUUCACGGUAGGUUUUCUUGCAAAUUUAUAUAAACAAUUUUCGUUAUGGGGAAAAAAA